AUGGACCAGCCUUUUGAUUUUCCAGAGGCCAACCUUACAGGUCUAACUUCACCGCUACUGGAGGCUUCAGAACCUUUGGCAGUCCCAGAAGAAAUAUCGUCUAUACCGCAGCCUGCUCCAGCUACUCAAACACAACCAGCAGUACCACCAGCACCACCAGCACCACCAGCACCACCAGCACGGAAACGGCCCAUGCGCCGUAAAAUAGACCGCUCCAAAAUCACUACAUCCUCUUUAGCAACCACCAACGUUCAAAGUCCUGAGCCAACAUCUGCUCCAGGCUCGAAAGGUUCCCAGAAAAGUGCAUCUUCUUUCUCACCUCCCAAGGUUUACAAUGAUCUUGAUUUUUUCAACCUCGAUACUGGGGGAAAUGACGAGGAGGAGGAAGAAGAACUGCAAAAAGAAAACAUUAAAAAGGAUACAACCAAUGCUCCGCCAGUACCCAAAAAUGAAGUCUCUUCAUCGAACACAAAUUCUAAGUCUAAUAAUAAUAUUAAUAAUAAUAAUAAACGAACACGGUCCCAGUCUUUUACCCAAACAAUACAUGCAGCCGCAAAUGCAGGAACGCAGCCGAACUCAACUGGACACCUGAACAAUUCAAAUGAACCAAUUGUUCUAUCUGAUGAUGAUGAAGAUAUCGUUAUAUCAUCAGGCCCACACAUCAAUAACGGAAUCAGUGAUGAAAACAAAAAUGAAAACAAUAACGCGAGAAUAAUACGUCAUCAAGAGGUUUCAUCUCAUUCAUUAACAGCGUCACCAUCUCCCGGCGCAGGCGCAGGUGGCGGUAGUACGACCCCUCUUUUUGAGAGCCGGAGCACGUUAUUGCUGCGCAAAGAGGAAGAAACAGCUCAGGAAGUACAGAGAAUCAAGGAACGGAUGCUGAACCGACAAAAAAAACGAAAGAUGGCUGAAAGCAAACCUGGAAGCUCUUUUAAUGUGACUAUUGUGCUGCGCACAAAGGUUACUGAUUUAGAAGCGUUGGUUCCACCAUUUUUUGAAAGUGUGACGAGUACGGAUUCGCUGGGCCCUAUUUUUCAAAAAUAUAAAGACCGAGUCAAAAAGUUUUCAGAAGAGCGACGUAUUUCUCUUCAAGAUAUUGUCUUUGUAUGGAAAAACAAAAUUUUAUUCCCCACAUCAUCCCCUGAAAUUCUCAAGGUUACGGAAGAUACACCUACCUUGCUAAUUGAUGUCAUGUUAAGAUUAGAAUUUGACUAUCAAAACGAUGAAGAUUUAAAUCGUGAACUUCAAAAUGUUGAAAGAGAUCCUCAACAGGUGUUUGAAGCACGACUUAAACAAGAAAUGGAAGCAGAGCAACUGGCUCGCAAAGCCCAAGAAGAAAAAGAAAAGAGUGCUAGUGCUGGUGCAAGUGAUGAUACUGACGGGUACUUCCGUAUUAAAUUACGGGGAAAAGACAAUAAUCCAAUUUCUGUAAAGGUCCGGGCUCAAACAACGAUGAAGACUUUAGUGGAGUAUUAUUGUAAGAAUCAAAAUAUUGAAGCGGCUCUGUGGCCCAAAGUACGGCUGGUUUUCGAUGAUGAAGACCUUGAAAUGAGCGGGACAGUGGGAGACACGGAACUUGAAGAAGAUUUUACGGUGGAAGUUUAUAUUGAUUGA